AUGAUAAUCAGAAACUUUUGCUUGUUUUUGUGAUAUCUCUCUCUCUCUCUCUCUUUCUCUUUUUCUGGUUGUGGAAGCAAAAGAGAAGAUGGCGUAUAGAAGAAGACAAGGCAUAUCAAGAGCUUCAACAUUCAAAGAAGAAAUCCAUUCAUCAUUGGAUGAUGAUCCUAAAGAUUCUCAUCAACAAAAUGGCUCUACACCUUCCCUCUCUUCUUCUAAUUCUUCUUCGCUCGCCGCUCAAGCCAUUAAAGCCUCCGCUGCUCGUCGUCAGCCUGCUCUUUCCUUUGCCUUUGACUCCUCUCAUCCUGAUCAUCAACGAUCCACGAGUUUUGAUGCUUAUGGAAAUGACAACAACAAAUCUGGUUUCUGGGGUGUUUUGGCUCAUAAAGCCAAAUCAAUGCUGGAUGAAAACAAUUCAGAUCCACAACAACAUGACACAAAGCCACAAACUGUCAAAUCACAUUCAUUUAAUACAUUUUCUAGCCCUUUUUCAACUCAGCCGUUUUAUCAACCUCCUGACUCUAAUAAAAGAAUGGACAAUGCUUCGAUUCGGAAGGGAUUGGAUGCAAUCUCUACUUCUCUUAAUCAUCUAGGUGACACCUUUGAGAAGGCUUAUGAGGAUGGAAAAACAAUGGUGGAGAGUAAGACAGCAGACCUGAGAUCUCAAAUCAGGCGAAAAGGUGACAACACAAACCAAGCUUCGAGUAUAAGGAAUCCAUGGCAGCAAUCAGAUCAGACACAGUCUCAUUCUAAUCAUGAAACACAACUCAAGCAAUCCCGCGACGUGGCAUUGGCAACAGCAGCAAAAGCAAAAUUACUUCUUCGUGAGCUAAAAACCGUUAAAGCGGAUUUAGCAUUUGCUAAAGCACGUUCUGCACAACUUGAAGAAGAAAAUAAAUUACUCAGGGAACGAGAAGGAAGCGAUAAGGGACUAAUCCGUGAUGAUGAUGAUCUGAUUCGGCUUCAAAUGGAGACACUUUUAGCUGAAAAGUCUCGCUUGGCUAAUGAGAACGAGACAUAUUCAAGGGAAAACCGUUUCUUGAGGGAGAUUGUGGAGUAUCAUCAGCUGACAAUGCAGGAUGUGGUGCAACUUGACGAGGGAAUGGAAGACGUCGCAGAACUUUAUCCAUUGCCUGUCAAUGGAAUCACUAGGUUGUUAUCUGGCUCACCACACUCGUUAUCACCUACACCGACAUCGCCUGAUGAGGUUUCUCUAGAAUCAACAAAAGUAAUGUUUCCUGUGCCAGAAGAAGAUGAUGAUGAUAAGAGUACAUCAGAAGAAAAUGAGACUCCUACUAGUGUCUCAGUUUCUCAAAAUACAGCAAAAUGAUUACACUUUUUUUGUUUAUAAGGUUAUAGUCUUAGAUGAGAUUCUCUUGUUUUGAGGAGUAUAUGCAUGUUUUGUAGCAUAUAUUCAUUUAUUUAUUAUAACUGAUUGCAAUGUGAGCGCUGAGAAAUUAAGACCAUGGGAGUCUUUGAUACUCAUGUCUGUUUUGUGUGUAACUUUCAUGUCACUAUGAGGUUGGUUUGGAAAACUCCUUUAUGUUUUUCUUGUGUAUUGGCUGAUCAAAUUUUGUUGAACGGCUAUUACAAAUAUUAAAGGUUUUAUUAACAUUUA